AUGCAGCCUUCGCCCUCGACGCCCGGCUCCGGCCUCGGCGCAGACACCUGCCCGGCUCCGUCUGGACCGGAGCGUCCUCCCGCCGCUAGGGCUCGGGCAGCUGCUUCCAACCUGGGACCGGCCUCCGCCUCCGCCUCCGCCUCCGGCAGAGCGCCGUGGGGCCCGGACAUGAGCGCCCAGGAGCCCCCACAAGGUCGGAGAUUCCCCAUUGAAGCUGGAGACUCCCCAGGCCUGGCCGCCGCCCCCGAGCCCCAGGAGAGCCCCGAGCCGGUAGCCACGGAGCACAGCCCUGUCAGGCCGCUUCGACGCUGCCCAGGUUGCCACUGCCUGACGUUGCUGCACGUGCCCAUCGACGUCUACCUGGCCAUGGGCGGGAGUCCCCGGGCCCGCGCCACCUGAGUGCGCUGAGCACAGAGGCUCUGCAGGAGUGGGGGACGCGGCC